AUGGGUGGUUUUCUGCUCGGCGUCGAUACAAGCAUUAUUGGCCCUGUCACGGUCAUGCCAAGCUACAUCGACUACUUCGGCACGCAUUCGUCAACGGUUCAUGGUAUCAUAGUUUCAUCGAUCUUGCUUUCGGCAUCUGUCAUGAGCUUCAUCGCCGGCCGCCCAGCAGAUGUUCUCGGCAGGCCGCAGGCAAUUGCCUUGGGAGUCGGUGUAUUUGGCGUGGGUGCCGCAUUGCAGGCUGGAGCCGUUAGGUUGGCAAUGUUCAUGGUGGGCCGGGUGAUUGAGGGCAUGGGGUUCGGCCUGUACUUCGGGACGUUAACUGUAUAUGUCUGUGAAAUAUCACCACCCAACAUAAGGGGGCCUUUGACGACUGGACCUCAGUUUAUGAUAUGUCUCGGCCUUGUUGCCGGGUAUUUCACCUGCUAUGGCACUGCUAGAAUCGAGGGGUCCAUGUCAUGGCGACUCCCCUUCAUUAUACUUGUCGGCCUAGCUAUCACAUUUGUUUUCACCACUCUGCUAUAUCUGCCGCCGUCACCUAGAUGGUUACGCUUGCAUGGCAGGGAUGCCGAUGCUGAUGCAGCAUGGGAAACGCUUGGAAUAAAGGCAGAAGAUCGCCAAAUGAUAGAGGAAGACCUGGAAGAGGGAGUGGUCGAUAGCAAUGACGCUGGGUCCAAGGACUCGCGGUCUCCAACAAGAGCUACCGAGAAGCAAAAACAGGAAGAGGGUGGUUUUUUCGACUUGUUUAAAAAAGAUGUUCGUGGUCGAACCUGGCUGGCGGUAUUCUUAAUGGGAUUUUUGCAACUGAGUGGCAUUGACGCAGUAUUAUACUAUGCUCCCUUGCUCUUCCAACAAGCUGGCCUUUCCAACACCCAAUCAUCUUUUUUCGCUUCUGGUGUUACCGGUAUUGUCCUCGUCGUCAUUUCCGUUCCUGCCUUGCUUUUUGCCGAUAAAUGGGGACGACGCACGAGUACCAUAUUUGGUGGCGUUGGCCUUACAAUAACUAUUACCAUUAUAGGCGCUCUCUAUGCCAGCAAUUCAGUAAACGGAGCGGGCCGUAUCAAGGUGUUUGCACCUGAGAUUCAACCACAACGCACACGAGCAAAAGCAACAGCUCUAGCACAUGGCUUUAAUUGGGUUUGCAAUUGGUUUGUUGCUUUUAUUUGUCCGAUUUUGCUUUCAAAGAGCAGCUACGCAGCAUACUUCCUCUUCGGCGCAUGCUGUGCACUGACGACUUUGGUUUGCUUUUUCUUCAUGAUUGAAACAAAGGGGAAGAGCUUGGACGAAAUUGAAAGAGCGUUCAACCAGAGGGGAGGUACAGAAAAUGAAGCAAAGGGUAUAAAGAUGGGAAUGGCGAUCAAACGGUUGUUUGGAAAACAAAAUACACCACAGCCUACAUCACUUCCAACCGCAAUAGAGGAGCGGAAAAGUUGA